UCGCUAUUUUGUUCUUUUCUUUCAGUGUUCAAAGUGUGACUUCCAGUGAGAGGCUGUGUGCUUCGUUGUUGUAGAUUGAUACAUUAAAGUGACAUGGCAAUUUUAUUUUUUUACAGAUUAUUUACCACACUCAUUUCUCCACGCAACACUUCUUUCUGAGUAAUAUGAAUGGUAUUCGUGUUGACAUUUUCCCGUUUAUUGACAUAUUCCGGCUAACCUAAUAGUUACGAAACUUUUCGGCGAAGUUAUUCCAUCGAAUUUCUUUAAAUCUUGGUUUUAAGAUGGUUGACUCACAACUAGCUAUUAAAACACAGACAUUCUAUCCAGAUGAUGGAGGGGAUUUAUUGAAGAUAAUGUGUCAAGCAAAAGAAAAUUCAUUGCGUGUCAAACAUUAUGGAGGUUCAUACCCUGUCAGCUCAGAAGGAGCAGAAGUGCUGCUAUCCCUUAAUCGCAUGAAACGUAUCGUUUGGUACGAUCCUGAUCAGAGAACAAUAACUGUUGAAGGCGGUAUAACAUUAGGUGAUCUUGUUAAGAGAAUGGAGUAUAUCAAUUCCUAAUAUGACUCUGAUAGAUGCAAUAUCAGUUGGAUUGAUUGGAUCAAGUGGAACAGUUGCCCGCUGCCUCAAAUCAUGCCAUGUACUACAGUCAGACGGACUCUUAUUAGAAUGGCAGUGGCCAGAUACAGAUUCUGAUUUGGAUUUGGAACAUGAUAGGUCUUUCUCUGGAGAUGCAAGGGGACAAAAUAUGGAUUUAUUAAUUAAAAUUCAUCAAUGUUUACAUAUUGAGGUGUCAAAGGAUGAUCUGUCAACAGUAGUUUGCAGUGAUUGCUGCAAGAAGCUUUUGGACAGCUUUGAUUUUUACAAACAAGCGAAAACUGCUCAAUUUGUUCUUCAGUCCUUGCAUGAGGCAGAUGAAUGUUCGUCUUCUAUUCAACGAAGGUCUUCUGGUAAACCAUUGAAAUCAACUAAUUGUGCGAGGAAGAAAAAUAAGUCUUCUGAUCUGGGUAAUGAGACAAGUUUUGGAGUAGUAUUAUUGAAAAGCUGUUCUAAUAGAUCUGCAGAAAGAAGCCCUGGAAAGCGAAUAUAUUUGGCAUCUUCGUAUUCAUGGCAUUGUACUGACUGCUCUAUGGUGUUGGCAAAUCUUCAGGCAUUGAAACAACAUCAUCAAACCGUUCAUCAACAACCAACAAAAUUCCAAUGCCUUCAUUGUUACAAGAUAUACAGUGAUUAUAGAAAGUUUUCACGGCAUGUGAGGUUGCAUCGUAAUGAAGGAAAAUUCAGGCGAUGCCUUGGAUGUGCCCGAGGGAACACCUGAUAUUGUUCAACUUCGACAUCCCCAGUCGGGCAAUCCAGCGAUGUUUUUAUUCAGUCCCGGCGAUGGAAUGGUGCAAGAAGUACUCACAUUCUCAGAAAAUAGGAGGUCAUGGUUCAUUGAAGAUACUGCAACACACAUUAUGCCUUUGGAUCAGUUAUUAAAAGAUGACGAGUUUCCAGAGACUGAAAGAUUGCUUCGGGUAUCAGGCCUGAAACAGAUUACUCAAAUAGCUGAUAGGAAAGGAGACGAAGAAUUAAAUGCAUUUAAGUACAACGAGGAAAAGGCGUUAAACUGGCUUCACAGGAAAGCAGAACGAGUUGCAGAAGUCUUGAAACAGAAAGGUAUUCAUGUAGGAUCUGGAGCAGUGUCCAACACAUUUAUUAAGAGUUCCAAGCAGGAAAAUCCUGACCAAGAGGCGUACCUGAAGUAUGCUCAUGGAAUCCUGUCAGAAUACCUGGCAGAAGACUUAAGCCAACUACUGCUGCAGCACAUGGGACUACCUGAAGAGAGACCAGAAAGCCACAGUAAACGCAAGUUAGCUGAAACACAGGUGGCUGAUGGCAAUAGCAAUGUCCCUCCAACAACCCAGUCUACUCCUGAGAGUCCUGAGCUAAAAAAGCCUCGCACCGAGGAACCCAGCCAUGCAGGAGUGCUGGAUCUCACUAAGCCAGAGAAGGCCUCUAAGCCCAGUAUCACUGCCAAGGACAAAGCUCGAGCCAAAUCAGCUACUGGCUCCAAAAACAUUGCCAAUUUCUUCAAGAAGAAGUAAAUGUCACCACUACUGACUUACUACGUGUUCCUAUAUUUGAAAUUGUGUCUCAUCAUCAUGUCAGGCAGUUCCUCUUAUUAUUUUUUUAUUAUAAUUAACUUUUGGAAUUAUUUUCAUGGAUAUUAAGAGUGUACAAUAUGAAUUUGUUUCCAGAUAAAAUUGCACAAAUCAAUAAAUCCGCCUAACAUUUUAGUAGUAGAUAUGUGGUAUUCCGUGUUGACUGUUAAAAGUUAAGUAUAUGAAGUGACUCAAAACUUAAAUUGAGUCACAACAAAGUUCUCUACCUAUAAAAAUGAAUAUUAAGUUUAAAACUACAGUAUUUCUAGAAAUCAGUGUUUUAAAGUGCUAGAAUCUUGAGUACUACUCUGCAGCUUGAUUUCUCUCUUGGUACAAACUGAUUUACUAGCAAUCUCAUUCUUUGUUAAAUCCUUUUAAUGUUAUCUGAACAUAAGUUUCAGGCUGCAGAGUAGUUCUGUUUUAGCAAAGCACUCACAAGGGGAGAUUGGGAGUGUCUACAUCUGAGGUGUUAGUUGUCCAUGUGCCAUGUGUUUGCCAGAAUUUUUCACAUAUCUGUGACAGGAUGGCUGGUGUGUGUCUUGAGUUUUGGGAGCAUGGUAACUUUUUCUUGUAUGGUUUUCCAAGAUGUACAAAUUUGUCUUAUUUAUACACGUGUGAAAUGUAUUUUUUAAAGGACAAAGAAAAUAACACAAAAAUUACUAGUCAUUUUGUGCUUUUUUGUGAGCAGCUGUUUUUGAUAUCACUUGAAUGGUGUGUUUGAUAGCGAGUGACACACAUGAAAGAUUUGUAUGAUUUACUUGCGUAUGAGAUUUUCUUUGUCCUCUUGUGUGUUUUAAAAAUUGUGCAGUUAAUUCAUAAUAAUUUAUUUUUGGAAGUUUCUCUUGUGUACGAAGGAAGUGUGAAAUGUGAGCUUUGAGGUGUGAAUGAAACUGAAAAAAUAUCUUUCCUGUUACAAGUAUGUUGAAGUUAGUAUUUUACAGUUUCUUAGUUGUGAAACACAUUUUGGAGAUUAUCUUGUCCAUGGAAUAGUUUCAGUGUGCUCUUGUGAAACAUUGAAAUUCUUAAAUUGUGGAAAUUGCUGUUGCGAUUUGUCAUUAGUACAAGAUGUCUUCCAUCCCCUUGGACAUGCAUUUGUGGCAUUUGUGGUGCUGCUGGCUGGCAUUUGGAAUAGCCAGGCCCAGGAGUCCAGAAGGAGGAAGGGUGUUGGAUGUCUCAGUAUUGUUUGCAGAAGAAUGGAAUUGAACUUGUUGCAUUGUAGAAAACCAAGAUUAAGUGGUUCCUCUUCUCAUUGCAAGGCAUUAUUGUUGUAAAUUUCCGUGAGCGAAAUCUUGAGUUAGUGAAGCAUGGUUUCUAUUCAAGUGAUGUUCCGGGAAGGGUGAUCUUUCUUUGCAACCUAUAUAGUUUUAGGUGAAUAGCAUUCUGUUUUUUUAUGUAUUGUUUAAAAUACACAAUUUGUUAUUUGUACUACGAUUUUGUUUCCAUGGUUCACCUAUAAGGAAAUAGCAUGCAGUGGAUUCUGCAAUAGAAAUCCUUAUUUUAAUUUUUGAGUACAGUUGGUUAUUGUUAUUAUUUUUGGACUUAUUUUUUAUUGGUCAUGUUAUUGAGAUUUCAUGUGCAUACUUUUGUGAUAAAACUUUUUCAUAGUGUACUUACAGCGAACUAAAAAAAUGUGUCCUAAACUGUUAUGU